AUGGAAUUAAAAAGCUUAUCACAUAAGAACUCGCGGCGGUUGUGCUCAACAUGGUCUGAUGACAAGAUUAAUUUCCUUGUUAACAAAUGCAAUUUCGACCUUUCUGCACCGGUGUUUGAUACAGGAAUUUCUCCAGUGACUGAUCAAUUCAAUUUGAACGUAGAAUGUGACGAAGUCGCUCAGAUUUUCGGGUCAAUGCCAGCUAAUAAGUCCUCUGGGAUAGACAACAUUCCGGUGCGUGUAAUCAAAGAUAGCCUUCCUGUUAUUCUCUCGGUGAUUAUAUCGUUAAUUAACGCCUCUUUCUCUGAUGGAAAAUAUCCUCGAUCUUGGAAAUUAGCUGUCGUGUCGCCUAUUCCGAAAGAAGGUAGUCACGAAGAACCUGAUAGUAAUAGGCCUAUCUCUCUGCUGCCCAUUGUUUCGAAAGUAUGCGAAAGGGCUGCGCUUAAUCAAAUUAUGUCGUUCCUAGUGUCAAACGAAAGGUUAUCUACUCGGCAAAGUGGUAAUAAGAAACUGCACUCUACGGAAACCUCCUUAAUACGAACAACAGAUGCUAUCUUAAGUGCGAUUGACGACAAGAAAAUUACCGCUGUUGUCUUACUUGAUAUGAGCAAGGCUUUCGACACGAUAAAUCAUGGAAUCUUGCUCAACAAACUGCUGGAUAUUGGAAUCUCGUUAUCCAGUGUUGCCUGGUUCACCAGCUAUCUCUCUGACAGACGACAAGAAGUGCGCAUAAAUUCUGCGUUGUCUGAUCCUCUACCCAUUGUAUCAGGCGUGCCACAAGGAAGCGUUCUUGGACCCAUUUUGUUUAAUAUUUAUGUAAACGAUUUACCCCUCACCCCCCGGUCCUUUCUUACUGAAAGUUACGUCGAUGACACAAAACUUUACGUUUCUUUCCCAGUCCAAGACUGGGCUAAGGCUGUUGCUGAUCUUAGCGCUGAUCUUCUACAGAUUCGAAACUGGUGCUUCGCAAAUCGUCUUCUCUUGAAUCCUGAUAAAACUAAGCUUACUAUUUAUGGAAGCCGACAAAAUUUAAAUAAUAUUCCGGUUAUUCGUCUCUUUAUAUCAUUCCCUAAAGGAUAUAGAGAAGCAAACUAUUCAAGACCAAGGGAUAGUGAAUUAUCGACAUGGCAAGCAAUGUCAUGCAACAGGUAUUUGAGCAGAAUUCUCUGCACUGACGUCAUGAAUUUUCCCAAUAACAGCAUUCCACAAUGCUUAAACCGUUGUGAAAUCCUGCUAAGAAGAAGAUUAAAGAAGCACGAAUUGAGAGUGGAAGAUAACUUGAGGCGGUGUAACAAAUUUGAGACUGGGACUGAAUCGCCAAGUCCUUCAGUUGAUGAUGAAGACAAUUCUGUAUUGCAACGGAUUUCCGUUGACUUCAUGGAAACGUCAUAUAUUUAUCCAUUGGGUAGUAGUACUAACUGGUAUCCUAAACUACCUGGAGUAUAUUCCAUAUAUUACGUUGGUAAAAAACCACUCUAUGAGGGCCUGGUCAAGCCUUCUAUAGCCGAGCCGAUUUACGUGGGUAUGUCGAAAACAAGUAUCUCCGUGCGCCUGAAGGAUCACCUAGGCAAAAUAAAUAGAGCGAAAGACUUAAAGGUGCGCGAUUUUAUCGUUCGAUUCAUGACAGUGGACAAUAAACACUACGCUCCAUGUAUCGAGGGGAUGCUCAUAGAACAUUUCAAUCCUAUCUGGAACAGCGAGACGGUAGGCAUCUCUUUUGGAAACGCUGGCAGCAGAGAAAGCGACUGGAACAAAUAUCAUAUUCAAAAAAUACCAUGGACAAGACGCCAUAUGCCUAAUAAGCUGAGGUGGUAUUUUUUCCGAUUUCCUGAAAAUUUUGUAUGA